CAUCUCCUGGGCCGACAGUGUUGUCGAGUUUCCUUCUCCCCUCAGAUUCCUGCUGGAAGUGUAGGAAGAAAGGGAGCAGAUUUCAACCUAUCUGCUUUCAAGCUGAUCAUCAUGAUGAAACUUAGACACAAAAAUAAAAAGCCAAGCAAAGCUUCCAAAGGCUGCAAGAAGCCUGCGAAGCAAAAUGGGAAGAAAGCAAACUCCAAAGUGCCGUCUGCUCCCCAGUUUUUUCACUGCAAUGAUCAUGCCAGUCGAGAGACUGAUUUAAAGAAGAAGAGGGUUGAGGAAAUGAGGGAGAAGCAGCAAGCUGCCCGGGAGCACGAGAGAGACAGACGCAGAACCAUCGAGAGCUACUGUCAGGAUGUUCUGAGACGCCAGGAGGAGUUUGAGCGCAAGGAGGAAGUUUUGCAAGAAUUAAAUAUGUUUCCUCAGCUGGAUGAUGAAGCUACAAGGAAGGCUUAUUAUAAGGAGUUUCAUAAGGUAGUAGAAUACUCUGAUGUGGUUCUGGAAGUCCUGGAUGCCAGAGAUCCAUUGGGCUGCCGCAGCUUCCAAAUGGAGGAGGCUGUCCUGCGAGCAGAAGGCAACAAGAAGCUGGUCCUGGUUUUGAACAAGAUUGACCUGGUCCCCAAGGAGGUUGUGGAGAAGUGGCUGGAUUACCUUCGGAAUGAACUGCCAACCGUGGCUUUCAAGGCCAGCACACAGCAUCAGGUCAAAAACCUGAAUCGUUGCAGUGUACCAGUGGACCAGGCCUCUGAGUCACUGCUGAAAAGCAAAGCCUGCUUUGGAGCUGAAAACCUCAUGAGGGUUCUGGGGAACUAUUGCCGCCUUGGUGAAGUGCGCACUCACAUUCGCGUGGGCGUUGUGGGCCUUCCCAAUGUUGGGAAGAGCAGCCUGAUCAAUAGCCUGAAGCGCAGCCGUGCGUGCAGUGUGGGAGCCGUUCCUGGAGUCACCAAAUUCAUGCAGGAGGUCCACCUGGACAAGUUCAUCAGGCUGCUGGAUGCUCCAGGCAUUGUCCCAGGACCCAACUCAGAGGUGGGCACCAUCCUGCGCAACUGCCUCCAUGUGCAGAAGCUAGCAGACCCUGUGACCCCAGUGGAGACCAUCCUGCAGCGCUGUAACCUGGAGGAGAUUUCCAACUAUUAUGGAGUCUGUGGGUUCCAGACCACUGAGCACUUUCUAACUGCAGUGGCCCAUCGCUUGGGGAAGAAGAAGAAGGGAGGCUUAUACAGUCAGGAGCAGGCAGCCAAAGCUGUCCUGGCUGACUGGGUGAGCGGGAAAAUCAGCUUCUAUACACUACCACCGCCCACCCACACUUUGCCCGCCCAUCUCAGUGCUGAGAUUGUUAAGGAGAUGACUGAGGUCUUUGACAUUGAGGAUACCGAGCAUGCCAAUGAAGACACCAUGGAAUGCUUGGCCACUGGAGAAUCUGAUGAGCUGUUGGGUGACAUGGACCCACUCGAAAUGGAGAUCAAGUUGCUCCAUUCUCCGAUGACGAAAAUAGCAGAUGCCAUUGAAAAUAAAACCACCGUAUAUAAGAUUGGAGAUAGCACUGGGUAUUGCACCAAUCCGAACCGUCAUCAGGUGGGGUGGGCCAAACGCAACGUGGAACAAUAUCCCAAGAAAAACAGCACGGUGCACAUCUGUCCAGUGGAUCGCCGCCCAGUGCUGCAGAGAAUCAUAGAGACGGACCCCCUGCAGCAGGGCCAGGCUCUGGCAUCUGCCCUGAAGAAGAAGAAGAAGAUGCAGAAACGUACAGAUAAAAUCGCCAGCAAGCUGUCCGAUUCCAUGAUGUCUGCCCUUGACCUCUCUGGCAACGCUGAUGACAGUGCUAGUGACUGAUCGACUGAUCUCACUCCCCUCCCACUACAAGCACCAGUUCCAGUGGGAUGGGGGAAUACCAGUGAAAGUUUGGUUCUCCCUGAAGCACCUGUACAUGUGUCACUCCCCCCCCCAUUGUUCCCUCCACUCUCUCCAGUAAAGAGUCCCAAGAGGCUGGAGUUGCUAAACCCAAUACCCUUUAUUUAAUCCCUACUCUGUUUUACAAGAAACUUAAAAGAAAUACCAGCAGAGCCCAGGUGCUACCAAUUUAUCCUCACCCUCAAUCCUGGGAUCCUAUAGUGGGCUGGUCUGAGGGGUUGCUUUCCCACAAAACCCUCUUGGUCAACUAAAUGUGCAACUGGAGGCUAGGCUGCUGGUAGACCUUUACCACUCCACAAGAAAUUUCAGCUGUAAGGCAUUUCAGCUGUAAGGCAUUUCAGGCUAUGUAUUGUCCUUCCAAGCCCACAGGUCGUACGUGGCAGUGGGAGGAGGAGAACAGUGAUGAACCAUCCAUGUCUCUGUAAGGAUCUGGGUAUAGGGUGGAGGGAAGAAGAGAAUAAACAAGACUGGCUGGUGCUGAAGUGUGCUAGGCACUACUCUAUUUGCAUGAAGAGAAAACAAGGCACUUGUUGGCAAGCAGGCUGAAUGCUUUAGGAACAAGCUCUACCUUGGGGCAUUUCUGGGCAGUUUGUGAAUUAGGUUGUGUACCUUCAACUGAAGUACUCUGUGUAGGCCCUGCCCUUGUAUGACCAUGUCUCAUCUAGCAUCAGCAUUUGAGUUCCAUGAUUUAAGAGGGUUCUGGUAUCAUUUAUUCACAGACUGUCCUCAAGAGAGCUGCUAUAUUUGUGAGUGCACUAGCCAAUUCCUUUCACAGUAUCUGGAAGCCACUCUGUUAAAGUAUAAUUAGCUAUCUCCUCUGGGAAAUUCUACUCCAUCAGACAAGGGCUGUGAUCCUAAACAGUGCCAGAGGCCCUAAGAAAGGGACUUGGGGGUAGAUGACUGCAAGUGAAACACAAUCUCACUUUACCAAGGUAUUUUUUUUUUUUAGUUGUGCACAUGUCUUCAGUUCUCAGCUACCUACUUGAGUUGACUCAUUUGAAAGGGAGUGGACACUUCUACACUGUCCUUGGACCCACAGCUGCAUCCUUGCCAUUCCCUUGCCUCUACCUUUCAAGCUGACACCUCCUAAGUUACCUGUCUACAUCCUGAGAGGGGAACCAUGUAACAGGGCCUGGAGGGCUAGUGGCUGCAGGCUGUUAUGGCUGGGAAGUGCAGGUCAUUCUUGCAUUCAGGGGCAGCUAAAGGAGAGUUAUGUACUGACUUAGCACAAACUGCACCAAGCUCUGAGAACCUAUUAUCUCCUUUAACCCUUAAUGCAACUCUGCCAGUAAAGGAUUAUUCUCUUCAUAUGAAAAAUAAAUAGGUCCAGAAAUUUGACAGGAUGGACCCAAGAGGACAUAUUAAGUGACUAUGCCAGGAUUGGAACCCAAGCCUGAUUAAAACGUUAUGCAGGUUGUUUCCUCUGUGUCCUUAACAAAGGAACAUUGUCUAAGCACUGACUACAUACCAGUCUUUUAUCAAGUUCUUCAAAUGCAUUUUUCCCAUUUUUUUGGGUUAAAAAACUAGUAGUGUCUUGCUUGCUAAAAUUAUGCUCUCAGAGUCCCCUUGGAUGGGGCCCAACUUAUACAUUAAACUCUCCUGGUAGAUAAUAGUGUUACAGUGAAAAAUUGGACAGGACAGUUAAGACCAUUUUACAACCAUGUGACAUUUCGUCAUGUAGCAUUUAAAAUACCAUCCCUGACUUUUGGCUUGAUUUAGAAUUUUGGUGGGAAAGCAAUACACAUUAAGUACAGUAUUCGCUUUAUGGUGGUGCUUAUUCCCAAUAAGCUUAUUGUAAUUUUCAACUUAUGAUGGGUUUAUUAGGAAAUAGACACAUCAUAAGUGGAGGAGCAUCUAUUUUAUACUAAGAAAUGCUGGUAGGUAAGUACUAGAAAUGGAAAGUAUAUGGAUGAGUAAGAAACUGCAUGGGAACAUAAUUUGGCCAAAAUCAAACAGAAGAACUAAAGUAGUCAUGUUGUUAAAAAUUUGGGACUCCAGAUUCUCUACCUACAGCAUGUCUCAAGGUUUUUUUUAAAGCUGUUUCUAAGUCUUUUUUGCUCCUCAUUUAAAAAACAAUUAAGGUCUAAUUUACAUACAGUAAUGAUCCCCCUUUAUAGUUCUGUGAGUUUGGACAAAUCUGUAAGAAGUGAACCACCACCACAAUCUAGAUAUAGUUGCAUCACCCCCCAGAACUCCCUGGGGCUUGUAGUCAACUCCUGCUUCUCUCCUCCAGAUCCUGGCAACUUCUUAACUGUUUUCUGUCCUUAUGGUUUUGCUUUAGCAUGAGUGUCAUGUAAAAUCAUACAGUGGGCAGGCUUAUUUUAUGCCUUCAGAUUAACAAAAUUGGAUUUAAAAAAAGUUUACAUUGGAGUAAAAUUUCACGCUGGUGCACAGUUCCAUAAGCUUUGAUAAAUAUGUAGAGUUGUGUAACUACCGAUAUAAUCAAGGUACAGAACAGUCCUACUAGCUUUCCUCUACCAAAAUCAUUUCUGCAAUUUUAUAGUCAAAACCAGUCACCUACACCUAAUCCCUGGCAAUCACUGAUUUGUUCUUUGCCUUUAUAGUUUUGUCUUUUGAAGAAUGUCAUAUAAGUGAAGUUAUACAGUAUGUAGCAUUGUGACUUCUUUUGCUAAGAAUAGUGCAUCUGAGAUUUAUUCAUGUUGUUGGGUGUAUCAAUAGUUAUUUCUGAGUCGUACUCCCUUGUGUGAAUUUACUACCAUUUGUUGAUCUCUUCCCCAGUUGAAGGAUGUUUGAAUUCUUUUCAGUUUUGGACAAUUACGAAUAAAGCUGAUAUAAACAUUCA